GGCAGCGGCUUCAGUCGCAGGCUGAGGGCGGCGCGGCCAGCCCGAUGGCUGCCGUGUUCCUGGUUACGCUGUACGAGUAUUCGCCGCUGUUUUACAUCGCCCUGGUGUCCGUCUGCUUCCUCGUCACCAGCGCGCUCGUUCUCGGCUGGUUUGGUUUGGGUGUUCCUGUCAUUCUGAGGAACUCAGAAGAGGCAGAAUCCAGCACAAGGGUAUUGAAAAAGCGGAUGAGACAAGUGAAAAAUCCUUUUGGGUUGGAGAUCCAUAAUCCUGCUGCAGCUUCAGUAACAAGGGGUGUGACACUGACACCUGACUGCCUGGAGGACUGUGUCCUUACCUGCUACUGGGGCUGCAAUGUCCAGAAACUCCAUGAAGCUCUGCAGAAACACGUCUACUGCUUCAGGAUAAAGACUCCUCAGGCAUUAGAGGAUGCUCUCUACAACGAAUACCUCUACAAACAGCAGUACUUCAUUAAAAAAAAUGACAAGGCAGAGAAAUAUUGUCAGUUAGCAGAAGAUGCUCAAGUUGUGGAUUUUGGCCCCGUGCCUAGAGCUCGCUAUCCCUUGGUAGCACUGCUGACGUUAGCAGAUGAAGAAGACAGAGAAAUAUAUGAUAUUAUUGCAAUGGUGGCUGUAAUUCACGUUCCUGAUGAAAGCUACAGACUCUGCUGCCGAAUUCUGUAUCAGUAUCUCCUCCUAGCUCAAGGUCAAUACCAUGACCUGAAGCAACUCUUCAUGUCUGCAAAUAGUCCUACACCCUCCUGCAGUGACACCUUCCCUGGUGAGAGCAGCACUGACAGAGGGCUGCUGGAAAAGGCCGGGCUGGCUGGAGAUGAACCAGAAUUGCAGGAAGAAAACAGCAAAGACUGUGUGGUGUGCCAGAAUGGCCCUGUGAACUGGGUCCUGCUGCCCUGCAGACACACGUGCCUGUGUGAUGGCUGCAUCAGGUAUUUCCAGCAGUGCCCCAUGUGCAGGCAGUUCGUGCAGGAGUCUUUUCCACUUUGCAGCAAAAAGGAGCAAGAUGAGGAUGAAUCGACCCGUGUCUUGCAAGAUGUUCUUCCUGGAAGAGUUUUUUAACAGGAGUUAAAAAUAAAAGACCUGGGUUAUGUGCACUAAGAUUAAAUGUGGAAGCCAGACUAUUUAUGGGAGGAUAUGUAGUGUUAACUUGUAGGAUUUUGCUUUUUUUUGUUGGGUAAUUUUCAGCUUCCUUAUUUUUCCUCGCUCCAUAUGCUCACAGGAGCGCUGCUUCCCCGUGCAAUGUGGACAGGAGAAGUGCGUGGGAUAGCUCUGAAGGAUGUGAAUUUAUUUAUAACUGCUUCCUAGAUUUUCUUGGAGCACUGUUGGAGGCUAUUUUGACUACUAAAUUUAGGCUGUCUACUAAAAAAAGAAUAAAACUUGCAAGUGCAGUUGCCCAAGGCUCAUUCUAUAUUUAUUGUGUUUAAAAUACUAGAGCUGUAUAUCAUUUUAACUUGGUAUAAUUUAGGAACUUAGCACUUUACAGAAUGUACCAUAUGAAGGAAAGUAAAUAUUCUUCAGCGUUAA